AUGUUGAAAUUGGUGGCUUGCUUCGUGUUGCUUGGACAGGUUUCGUCUCUUUUCGACCCCACGACGUGCGGUCAAGGAAAAACGUGUGUGGCGAUUCCCGAUGGAUGCAUCACCACAUCUCCAUCAACCUGUCAACAAGGAAUCUCAUUCAAAAGAUCGUCAGCCUCUUUCUUGGAAGUUGAGCUCUUCUCGAACAACCUUGGAGCCAAUUCAGCCUACACAUCGUACAUGGCAAUCGGAUUCCAACCAGCUGCCUGUGCUGAAGUUGAGACAGCAAGCGCAAUGCCGUGCAUGGCUUCAACGCCAGUGAUGGAGUGCUCUGCUUUGAAUGGAAGACUGAUGUCCCCAGCUGUCUCGUGGAACACCGCCGACCCACAGAAUGUCCGAAUCGACAAUGCUGCGGAUCUCGCCACAGCGGUCGCUUUGAGCAUGAGCGCUUUGGAGAACGCAAACGGACAGACGUAUUGCAAAUUGACACAACGAAUCACCGGAGCACCGCUUAAUGGACUUCCCAAUGCAAAUCAGGUGUUCCAAUACGAUCCCACACAGAAAUACGCGAUUCUCAUGGCCGCCGGGGUCACCAAUGGAUCCGUUCUCACUCAUCACCCCCACCCGAACACAAUGGUUUCCAAGAUGCGAUACCAAUUC